CCUCCGCGCUCAGUCCGGGGCUGGACUGCGGCAGGACAGCGAGCAUGCUUUUGGCCCAAAUGAGACUCUGUUCCUUUGGCAAUAAAGUAAAAUUUCUGAAGACAAUUCCAUCUUCAAAAACCCUUGGGUUCUCUACUUCUGCUAAAAUGGCUUUGAAAUUCAAAAAUGCAAAACGAAUCGAAGGAAUUGAUAGCAAUGUAUGGACUGAAUUUACCAAGUUGGCUGCAGAUCCAUCUGUGGUGAAUCUUGGCCAAGGACUUCCAGAUAUAUCACCUCCUUCUUAUGUGAAAGAAGCAUUAUCAGAAGUUGCAUUCACCGAUAGCCUGAAUCAAUACACAAGGGGCUUUGGUCAUCCAUCACUUGUCAAAGCUCUGUCCUGCCUCUAUGGAAAAUGUUAUCAGAAGCAAAUUGAUCCAAAUAAAGAAAUUCUCGUGACAGUAGGAGCAUAUGGCUCUCUCUUCAGUGCCAUCCAGGGGCUGGUUGAUGAGGGAGAUGAAGUCAUAAUAAUGGUGCCUUUCUAUGACUGCUAUGAACCUAUGAUAAAGAUGGCUGGAGCCACACCUGUAUUUAUCCCCCUAAGAUCUAAACCUGUUUCUGGAAAAAAAUGGUCUAGUUCUGACUGGACCUUCGAUCCUCAAGAACUGGAAAGUAAAUUUAACUCGAAAACCAAAGCCAUUAUCCUCAAUACUCCACAUAAUCCCUUUGGCAAGGUGUAUACCAGAGAGGAGCUCCAAGUAAUUGCGGACCUUUGCAUCAAAUAUGACAUACUGUGCAUCAGUGACGAGGUUUAUGAGUGGCUGGUAUAUACAGGAAACAAGCACAUAAAAAUAGCCACGUUUCCAGGUAUGUGGGAGAGAACAGUAACGAUCGGCAGUGCUGGGAAGACGUUUAGUGUGACUGGCUGGAAGCUUGGCUGGUCCAUUGGCCCUCAUCAUUUGAUAAAGCAUUUACAGACAGUGCAACAAAACACCAUUUAUACCUGUCCAACUCCUUUACAGGAAGCCUUGGCUCAAGCUUUUUGGAUUGAUAUUAAACGAAUGGAUGCCCCAGAAUGUUAUUUUAAUUCUUUGCCCAAAGAAUUGGAAGUCAAAAGAGAUCGGAUGGUCCAUUUGCUUGAAAGUGUUGGCCUCAAACCCAUAGUUCCUGACGGAGGCUACUUUAUCAUUGCUGAUGUAUCAUCACUAGAUGCUGACCUCUCUGAUAUGAAGAGCAAUGAACCUUAUGACUAUAAAUUUGUGAAAUGGAUGACUAAAAACAAGAAACUAUCUGCCAUUCCUGUUUCAGCAUUCUGUAAUUCAGAGACUAAACCACAGUUUGAGAAGUUUGUGCGAUUUUGCUUCAUUAAAAAAGACAGCACCUUGGAUGCUGCUGAAGAAAUCAUCAAGGCAUGGAUCAUACAGAAGUCGUGAUGUGUGCAGUGCAAUUUCACUUGAUGACUAGUUUGAGAUUGUUACUUGAUGCUACCACCUGCUGGAGAAAACAGAUAUUUUGGUAGGGAUUAAUUUAAAUAAAAAUAAAAAAUUUUCCAAACUUAA